AUGACAGUCGAAGCAAAAACGUUCACGAACAAAUCUAAUGGCGAAACAUUCACAAAAGGCACUUACAACGGUAUUGAAGUCUUACGUAGAGACAAGGAUGGUUAUAUAAAUGCAACAAAGAUGGCAAGAGAAGCAGGAAAGUUAAACCAUUUAAACAGAUUUCUCAAUAGUGCUAAAAUACAGGAAAUUCUUGAGUUUUGGAUGAACGAAUACGGUGGAGCCAAAAGUGGCUCGACCUCAAAACAAGCAUUUUAUGAGCUUACUAAGGGUGUUAUAAAUGAAUUCAAAGGUAUUUACAUACAUCCUGACCUCGUUCAUUUUGUUCCCGGACCAAAAAUAUAUUUUAGGUGA